CAGUGUUUUUUGGAGGUUUUUCUUCUCUGUUCUGUUGGUGCUGGUGGGAUGAAUCAGAACCCUGACUGCUGGCAGAGACAGAGCGAGUCAUGUGACUGUUGUAUGAUCACGUGGUUGUGCUGAGCAGGAAGAGACCGCAGGACGGACACAGCGCAGUUCUGGGUUUAUUUGAACAGUUUGGAGAAAAUGAGUUUAAAUUUGGAUUUACGGCUGAAACGCGCUAAUAAAGUUUAUCAUGAGGGGGAGAUCCUGGCUGGAGUGGUGGUGAUCAAUAGUAAGGAAGCCGUGCAGCAUCAGGGAAUCACGCUUACUAUGGAGGGCCUGGUGAACCUGCAGCUCAGUUCCAAGAGUGUUGGUGUCUUCGAGGCUUUCUACAACUCUGUCAAGCCCAUUCAGCUUAUUAACAGUAACAUAGAAGUGGCUAAACCAGGCAAGGUGCCAGGAGGCAAAACCGAGAUCCCUUUUGAGUUUCCGCUGCAGGCAAAAGGGAACAAAGUGCUGUAUGAGACGUACCAUGGUGUUUUUGUCAACAUUCAGUACACGCUCCGCUGUGAUAUGAAGCGCCCUCUGCUGGCUAAAGAUCUGAGCAAGACCUGUGAAUUUAUGCUCCACUGUCAGCCACAGAAGUCCAAAAUGCAGCCGAGUCCGGUGGAUUUUAGCAUCACUCCAGAGACUCUGCAGAACGUGAGAGAGAAGAGUUCCCUCCCGAAGUUCCUCAUCAGAGGCCGCUUGGACGCCACUAACUGCGUGAUCACACAGCCGCUCACGGGCGAGCUGGCAGUGGAGAGUUCGGAAGUCGCCAUCAAGAGCAUCGAGCUGCAGCUGGUCCGGGUUGAGACGUGUGGCUGUGCUGAGGGCUACGCCAGAGAUGCAACAGAGAUCCAGAAUAUCCAGAUCGCAGAAGGAGAUGUGUGUCAUGGCCUCCCCAUUCCCAUCUACAUGAUCUUCCCCAGGCUGUUUACAUGCCAAACCCUCGAAACCACAAACUUCAAAGUUGAGUUCGAGGUGAACGUGGUGAUCGUUCUUCACGAUGAUAAUUUAAUAACAGAAAACUUCCCGCUCAAGCUGUGCAGGGUGUAAGAUCAAAGCCCGAGGAUUCACUGAUGUCUUCUGAAAGUCCAACUAUUAUAAACAGGACUCAUCAGCAUUUCCUGACUGGUCCAGUCCAAAUCUCUGCACAUGUAUGAGAAGCAUUAAUGAAGGGGCACUUGAACUUGAUUCCAUUCCAUUUAAAGGUUUGGCUAGGACCACACAUCAGUGACACUGGAUCUAAAUUCAUUCUGGAUGAAGUAUAGGCUCAUUGUGAGUCCUGUAGAAGAAAGAAGCGUCUGCUCCUGCUUUUCCUUGGUCCAUGCCAUCAGCUUUCAAAUGCCAGUUUGGAAGAAAGGACUGUGGUCGGUCACACCCACGUUCCAGAAGCUGAUUUCCUUUUAGUUUGGUGUUUUGUUUUCCAAACCUUGGCAAAAGCCCACUGUUCCAUGUACCUUUUUAAGGUGGCUUGGCUGUGGACAGUCACACCCCUGAUCCAGAAGCUACAAAUUGAUUAAAGACCUGAUUUUCUUUAGGAUGGAAGUUGGGUUUUUGGAUUUCAUCUGAUCAUCCUUACACAUUUACCUUCAGUUCAGGGAUUUGUUUUCCAGUCCUUGGCAAAAGGCAACUGUUCCAUGUACCUUUUAAAGUUGGCUUGGCUGUGAAUGGUCACACCCCUGAACCAGAAGCUGCAAAAUGAUGACAGACUUCAUUGUUUUGGAUGGAAGUUUGCUUCUUGGAUUUCAUCUGAUCGUCCACACACAUUUACCUUUAGUAGUUCAGGGUUUUGUUUUCCGGUCCUUGGCAAAAAGCCACUGUUCCAUGUAGCUUUUAAAGGUGGUUCGGCUGUGAACUGUCACACCCCUGAUCCAGAAGCUGCCAAUUGAUGACAGACAUGAUUGUUUUGGAUGGGAGUUGGGUUUUAUUCAGGCACAUUUUAUUAGUUUGGGGGUUUUUUUCCCUGGCCUUGGUAAAAGGCAACUGUUCCAUGUUCUUUUUGAUGGGUGCACAGAGAAGUCGAUCACAUCACUAAUAAUUUAGAAGGCCAAGCCACAAAGUUAAAUGACAUUAAAGAUAUUUCUACACCACAAAAUGAAUCAUCUGUUGUUGUAUGUAUAAUUUAGACACAUCAGAUUUUUUCCAAAUGUUUUCAACCCCCCAAGGAUCUUAUACACUUAUACACACACAGAGAUGAUGUUUGAAGCCAGGUCUCCAGAACCCUGGUGAUGUUCGGCACCCACACUACUUGCUGGGCCACCAUGCAGGUCCAUAUAGAUUGUGUAUUGUUGUAACAAUUGAUUCAAUUUCUGAAAGGAACUCUGGAAAUAAAAUUAAAAUAAGACGGUUUGUACACCGUGAGAGAGACGAUGUUGCUUUGAAAUAAAAUGUUUGUUUACUGUAAAACUA